UGCUGGCGGCGGCGCAGGCGCCCUCCCCGCGCCCGGCGCCAUUGCGGCUGGAAGCGGCGAGCCCGGCGCCAGCGCCCCGGCCCGGACAUGGCCACCGACUCCUGGGCCUUGGCCGUGGACGAGCAGGAGGCGGCGGCCGAGUCGUUGAGCAGUUUACACCUGAAAGAAGAAAAACCCAAACCAGAUGCCAAUGGUGCUGUCAUCAAGGCUGACGACAACGUAGAGAAGACAGAGGAUGAGGAGAAGGAGGACAGAGCUGCCCAGUCCUUGUUGAACAAGUUAAUCCGCAGUAACUUGGUAGACACGACGAAUCAAGUGGAGGUGCUGCAGAGGGAUCCCACUUCGCCUCUCUACUCCGUGAAGUCUUUCGAGGAGCUGCGGCUGAAACCACAGCUCCUGCAAGGAGUCUAUGCCAUGGGAUUCAACAGACCAUCUAAGAUACAGGAGAAUGCCCUGCCCAUGAUGCUUGCUGAACCCCCACAGAACCUGAUUGCACAGUCUCAGUCCGGUACUGGCAAGACAGCUGCCUUUGUCCUGGCCAUGCUCAGUCGUGUUGAACCUGGGAACAAGUAUCCACAGUGUUUGUGCCUUUCCCCAACGUAUGAGCUGGCACUUCAAACAGGAAAAGUGAUUGAACAGAUGGGAAAGUUUUAUCCGGAGCUGAAACUCGCCUAUGCCGUGCGAGGCAACAAAUUGGAGAGAGGUCAGAAGAUCUCGGAGCAGAUCGUAAUCGGCACACCGGGCACUGUGCUGGACUGGUGUUCCAAACUGAAAUUCAUAGAUCCCAAGAAAAUCAAAGUGUUUGUCUUGGAUGAGGCUGAUGUGAUGAUAGCAACCCAGGGCCACCAGGACCAGAGCAUCCGCAUUCAGAGAAUGCUCCCCAGAGACUGCCAGAUGCUUCUGUUUUCAGCCACUUUUGAGGAUUCCGUGUGGAAGUUUGCUCAGAAAGUUGUUCCUGACCCAAACAUUAUCAAACUGAAGCGAGAGGAGGAGACUCUGGACACUAUUAAGCAGUAUUAUGUUCUGUGCAAUAACAGAGAUGAGAAGUUUCAGGCUCUCUGUAACAUCUACGGCGCUAUCACCAUUGCCCAGGCCAUGAUCUUCUGCCACACUCGGAAGACAGCGGCCUGGCUGGCAGCGGAGCUCUCCAAGGAAGGCCAUCAGGUGGCACUGCUGAGCGGGGAAAUGAUGGUGGAGCAGCGAGCAGCUGUGAUAGAGCGUUUCCGAGAGGGCAAGGAAAAGGUGUUGGUGACCACGAACGUUUGUGCCAGAGGGAUUGAUGUAGAGCAGGUCUCUGUUGUUAUCAAUUUUGACCUUCCUGUGGAUAAAGAUGGAAACCCAGAUAAUGAGACUUAUCUGCACCGGAUUGGACGUACAGGUCGCUUUGGCAAGCGAGGGCUGGCUAUUAACAUGGUGGACAGCAAACACAGCAUGAAUAUUCUCAACAGAAUCCAGGAACAUUUCAACAAAAAGAUAAACAAACUGGAUACUGAUGACUUGGAUGAGAUUGAGAAGAUAACUAACUGAAGCACAGCUGCUGGAAGUGGUGUGUACCCUGCUGUGGAAGCUCUCCCACUACAAUUGGAUCAGAUUGGCACGUCUCGGCUAGUCCCGAAAAGGACUUUUUAAGAUACGAAUACACCAAAAUUACCUCAUUUAAAACAAAUUGCAGUUGGACUUUUAAAUUGUGCAACUAAGGGGAGGAAGGAGGAAAUGUUUACAGAAGCUUUUAACGUUUCUUAGUUUAGCCUUAAAAUGGGAUGAUCUUUUGAAUUCUAAGAAAUACAUUUCUCAAACGUUGGGCAAUAUGUAAUUAGCUAAAUCAUUUUAAAACAACCCCCCCCUUAAAAUAGCUUUAUUGCCUUCAGUUGGAAUAAAGGUCAGCAUUAAGCAGAUCACCUAGGUAAAUUUCAACAGCUGAAUAUAUAAUGGACAGAAAACCCAACCCCAAACAAGGCAGCUGGCUUUUGGCUCCAAACUCAACUUGGACAAGAUAGGAUGUCGCUCUCUCUGGCGCUCUCCUGAGCUCUUCUUGAAGACUCAUUUGUGGCUUCCUGAUGGGUUUGCCCUGCUUUUCCUUAACAUAAAUCAUCCUAAGGCUGUCUCCUGUAGCUCCUACUCGCAGACACAGGUGCUGUGUUGCUUUUGCUGGGCAGUUAGUUUGUUUUCUGUUGGUUUGUCCUUGGCUUGUUGGAACGGCCGGGGCUUAGGAGGUGCUCUGAAGGGUUUCACCUCACCACGGUGUUGGGCUGGGAGGGUGAGGGAGGGAGGGGCAGUACAAAGGGAACUGUACUAAUUAAUCUUCUGAAUCAAUUCAUCUCCAUAAAAUGCUAGUGAUGGUUGGAGUGGGGGUUUUGGUCACCUUUAAGGCAGGUGCUGCCAGUUGUAAGAUGCUGCUGUGAAUAACAACCGCUGGGCUGCACCGGUCAGUAACAGCAAUCAGACAAACAAUAAUCAGAGCUUGGAUCAACCAAAAACAACCCCACCUUUAGAACACCAAAUGUACCUGUUGCAGUAUGUUCCAGUACCAGAGUUUUGAGUUGAAUUGCUCAGCCAAAUGGCAGAGGGGAAGCACUCCACUUUCAUUGUGCAAACCAGGGCAUCAGUCCCGGAGAAGGAACAACCAGAGAAGGAAAUGACUGGCAACUUCUGGGCUUGGAGUUGGGUUGGGACCAUUCUCGUGGGCACAGUUGAAAGUCUGUGGGUUGCCCCUCCCCAAGUUUCCAGGAGAAGGAAGCUCCUGAAUUAGAACUUCAGGUGCACAGCUCUUUUUGAGGGUGUGUGGAGGGGGAAGUGGGAUGUGGGUGAGCAGCCAUAGGCCUGCAGGAAUCACUUUCAAAACCGAUGUAUAAAUUGUAAAUUUUAACUAGGACUCUUUCUUUGCAAUUUUGGCCAUCAUAUUCUGUUCAAAGACAGGAACAUGGAUCCUUUUACCAAGUAAAAAACCAAACAAAGGCUCAUUUAAAAAGUACCUAAAAUUUUAGGAAACUGUGCACCCUUUUAUCAAUUUGUACAAAGGCUUUAGUGGAAAAAAAACACAAAAAGAAGAAAAAAAAACAAAGUGAAAAUGCAAACUUUUUGUAUUCUGGGGUGUAUCUAUUUUUAUUCUGUUGGAAACCUAUUUAAAAGUGGCAGGUGAGUGAGUGCUUGCGUGUCGAGUGGAAGACUUGUUUCAAUCACCUACUUUCCUAGUACAGCUGAAUGACCUCGUGACAGCAGAGUCUGGGGUUGAAUUGUCAUGAAAGCUGCUGCUGGUCCCUGUGUGCUGUUUCUAAUGGACUUUUAAUUGGAUUAAAGAACACAUACUGAAA